AUGGAGGAUGAGAAGACACUCAAACAAUAUAAAGUGACCGACAAGGGUUUCAUUGUGGUGAUGGCAGUUUCAAAGCCAUCGAAAGAACCUACAGCAUCAGCUGAAAAGGCGCCAGAGGCAGCCAAGCCGGUGCAAUCAGAACAGUCGAUUUCCACGAACACUGUUACCUCAGCACAAGAAGCCACGGUACCCCGUUCUGAGGUUCCGGCGGCUGCAGGCCCCGAGAGCGCGACUGGCGAGAGUGCCCUUGUCACUGGCGCAGAGUACGAGCGCGCAAUAUCAGAAAUCGUAGGAAUGGGUUUUGAUCGAUCUAUGGUGAUACGUGCAAUGCGGGCCAGUUUUAACAACCCUGACAGGGCUGUUGAGUACUUGUUGUCUGGUAACAUUCCGAACGUGGUUGUUCGAGAACAACAGCCUGCCGGUGGACGAGAGCGAGUGGAUCCCCCCGGAGAUGAACACUCUGCUUCUGAGUCACCUAGUUCUGAGGAUCCUAUUUCCGCACUUGCCAGCUUACCCCAGUUCCAGCAAAUGCGAGCCCUCGUUCAAGCGAACCCAGAACUUCUCCCUCAGCUGAUCCAGCAGAUUGGGGCGGACAACUCUGAGUUGCUUCGGCUCAUUCAAGAGAACGAACAAGGUUUCCUAGAGUUUCUUAAUGCACCAAUCAGCCAGGAUGCAGGUGAAACUGAGGGUAUGGAGAGCUCGGAAACCACUACUCCAGGGAACGUGCGCCAAGGUGAACCGCGACAAGUCAUCCUUACAAUGACCCAAGAAGAACGAGCAGCUAUCGAGCGACUACAAGCUCUAGGAUUUCCCGAGGAGCUGGUUAUACAGGCCUACUACGCUUGUGAGAAGAACGAGGAUGCAGCUGCAAACUUCCUUCUAAGUGAAGACCCAGAUGAUGAAGUGGUUUGACGGCACCGUUUCUAACUCGCCCCGUUUUUCACUGAUCCCUCCGUGUGCCUGUGGCCAUGUGUGCUGCUGUCUCGACGAACUGCAGAUCCGUGCUGUUACGACUCUGCCUCGCGCAUUCACCACUCGAUUUAAGUUUUAUUUUCUGAUUGGCCCUCCAUUUAUUCACCCCGCGUGUCGUUUCUUUCGUACUGCCGCCGGGUCUCCAACCUCCUCCUCGUAACCCUACGCGUUUACGCGCGGUCUUUAUGCUGCUCACCCACUUACUUGUGGAUCAUUUUUGUCAGGAAAUAACCCUGCGCCGUUUAUUGCUGAGGCGGCUGUAUAUUUACUCUUUCUAUCCCCCAGUUGUCAGACUAGCUUUGCUUCUGUUGCCUUCGUUCGGUUCUCUUUCUCCCCAAAGUCAUCUUUGAGAUUAUUUUCAAUGUCGUGCGCGUGGUGGAAUAACAUAACAUAGAUCCAUAGACAGGGUUGCACUACAUGAAGCCGUGUUCUUUGGCAACUACCCCUUACAUAAUUUCCGUAUUCUAUUACAUGCUUUGUUAUCGG